ACAGCCCGCCCAGGCCCGGCCUCGCCGCCGCGCUAGGCCCCGGCCGCGGGGCGACCCCGCGUAGUCUCCUCCUGCUGCUCCUCCUCCUCCUCCUUCUCCUCCUCCUCCUCCCCCCCGGCGGCGAGGGGAGGCGGCCCUCCCCCGGAGGAUGAGCCAGCAGCUGCAGGCGGGGAAGAUGUCGGCGGCUCCCCUCGCGCUGCAGGCUCCGGACUCGGCGGCGGCGGGGAUGCUCGAGGGCCGCCAGAGGAAGCUGGAGUCUAUGAUCCGCGACCCGCGCUCCCCGGUCAACGUGGAGAGCCUGCUGGAUGGCUUGAAUUCUUUGGUCCUUGAUCUGGAUUAUCCGGCACUGAGGAAGAACAAGAACAUUGAUAAUUUCCUAAAUAGAUAUGAGAAGAUUGUGGAAAAAAUUCGAGCUUUACAAAUGAAAGCUGAAGACUAUGAUGUUGUUAAGGUGAUUGGAAGAGGGGCUUUUGGAGAAGUGCAGCUGGUUCGCCAUAAAAUGACACAGAAGGUUUAUGCAAUGAAGCUACUUAGUAAAUUCGAAAUGAUCAAGAGAUCAGAUUCAGCCUUUUUCUGGGAAGAAAGAGAUAUCAUGGCCUUCGCCAAUAGUCCAUGGGUUGUUCAGCUUUUUUGUGCCUUUCAAGAUGACAAAUACUUGUAUAUGGUAAUGGAAUACAUGCCAGGAGGAGAUCUUGUAAACCUUAUGAGCAAUUAUGAUGUGCCUGAGAAAUGGGCCAAGUUCUAUACAGCUGAAGUUGUUCUUGCUCUUGAUGCAAUUCACUCCAUGGGCUUGAUACACAGAGACGUGAAGCCUGACAAUAUGCUAUUAGACAAACAUGGGCACCUGAAGCUGGCAGAUUUUGGCACUUGCAUGAAAAUGGAUGAAACAGGUAUGGUGCGCUGUGACACGGCUGUUGGGACCCCCGACUACAUAUCCCCCGAAGUUCUGAAAUCACAAGGGGGUGAUGGUUACUAUGGACGGGAGUGUGACUGGUGGUCUGUGGGAGUUUUCCUUUUUGAGAUGCUAGUUGGUGAUACUCCUUUUUAUGCAGACUCUUUAGUAGGGACAUACAGUAAGAUUAUGGAUCACAAGAACUCAUUACAUUUCCCAGAUGAUGUAGAAAUCUCUAAGCAUGCAAAGAACCUCAUCUGUGCCUUCUUAACUGACAGGGACGUGCGACUUGGGAGAAAUGGGGUAGAAGAAAUAAAGCAUCACCCUUUCUUUAAGAGUGAUCAGUGGAAUUGGGACAACAUUCGAGAAACUGCUGCUCCUGUUGUUCCUGAGCUUAGCAGUGAUAUAGACAGCAGUAAUUUUGAUGACAUUGAGGACGACAAGGGAGACGUGGAAACCUUUCCAAUCCCCAAAGCCUUUGUGGGAAACCAGCUGCCUUUUAUAGGAUUUACCUACUAUAGAGAUAAUUUGUUGCUAAGUGACUCCUCUCAGUCUUGCAGAGAAAAUGAAUCGGUGCAAUCUAGUAAAAAUGAGUUUCAGAAAAAACUAAGCAAGUUAGAAGAACAACUCAGUAAUGAAUUACAAGCCAAAGAUGAACUAGAACAGAAAUACAGGUCUGCUAAUACUCGUUUAGAGAAGAUAGUGAAAGAGCUAGAUGAAGAGAUAACUUCAAGGAAAAAUGUGGAGUCUGCAGUCAGACAGCUAGAAAGGGAGAAGGCUCUCCUUCAGCAUAAGAAUACAGAGUACCAGAGAAAAGCAGAACAUGAAGCAGAUAAGAAACGCAAUUUGGAAAACGAGGUUAACAGUCUGAAAGAUCAGCUUGAAGAUUUAAAAAAGAGGAAUCAGAACUCUCAAAUAUCCAAUGAGAAAAUCAAUCAACUACAAAGACAGUUGGAUGAGGCCAAUUCUUUGCUGCGAUCGGAGUCUGAAACUGCAGCCAGGUUAAGGAAGAACCAGACUGAAAGUACAAAGCAAAUCCAGCAGUUGGAAGCUAAUAAUCGAGAACUACAGGAUAAGAACUGCCUGCUAGAGAAUGCUAAACUCAAGCUGGAGAAGGACUUUCUCAAUCUUCAGUCGGCUCUAGAAUCAGAAAGGAGAGAUCGAAGUCAUGGAUCAGAGAUCAUCAGUGAUUUGCAAGGUCGAAUAUCUAGCCUGGAAGAAGAAGUGAAAAAUGGAAAGAGUGCAUUAGCCAAACUAGAAAUGGAGAAAAGGCAAUUACAGGAAAAACUUACAGAUUUGGAAAAGGAAAAGAGCAACAUGGAAAUAGAUAUGACAUACAAAUUCAAAGUUAUGCAGCAGAACCUUGAGCAAGAGGAAGCUGAACAUAAAGCCACAAAAGCACGACUGGCGGACAAAAAUAAGAUUUAUGAAUCUAUAGAGGAAGCAAAAUCUGAAGCCAUGAAAGAAAUGGAGAAGAAACUUUUGGAAGAGAGAGCUUUGAAGCAAAAAGUAGAAAAUCGGUUGUUAGAAGCUGAAAAGCAGCGCUCCAUGUUGGAUUGUGAUCUCAAACAAUCACAGCAGAAAAUAAAUGAACUCCUUAAGCAAAAGGAUAAACUAAAUGAAGAUGUAAAAAACCUGACUUUAAAAAUAGAGCAAGAAACACAAAAGCGUUGUCUCACUCAAAAUGACCUCAAGAUGCAAACACAACAAGUCAACACCCUAAAAAUGUCAGAGAAGCAGCUAAAACAGGAGAAUAACCAUCUUCAGGAAAUCAAAUUAAGUCUGGAGAAACAAAACAAUGAGCUCCGCAAAGAACGUCAAGAUGCAGAUGGACAAAUGAAAGAGCUUCAAGACCAACUUGAAGCUGAACAGUAUUUCUCGACUCUGUAUAAGACACAAGUUCGAGAGCUUAAAGAAGAAUGUGAGGAAAAGACCAAACUUUGUAAAGAGAUGCAGCAGAAGAUUCAAGAGUUACAGGAUGAGAGAGAUUCCUUGGCAGCUCAGCUUGAAAUUACUUUGACAAAAGCAGAUUCAGAACAACUUGCACGUUCCAUUGCUGAAGAACAGUACUCUGAUUUGGAAAAAGAGAAGAUUAUGAAAGAACUGGAGAUUAAAGAAAUGAUGGCUCGGCAUAAACAAGAACUUACUGAGAAGGAUGCCACCAUAGCCUCUUUGGAGGAAGCAAACAGAACACUAACAAGCGAUGUGGCUAAUCUUGCUAAUGAGAAAGAAGAACUAAACAAUAAACUGAAGGAGGUACAAGAACAAAUCACAAAGUUAAAAGAAGAAGAAGCAAAUAUAGGAAAUAUUAAAGCACAAUUUGAAAAACAAUUGUUGAAUGAAAGAACACUGAAAACCCAGGCUGUGAAUAAAUUGGCUGAGAUCAUGAAUCGGAAGGGUCCAGUCAAACGUGGAGCUGACACCGAUGUACGGCGGAAGGAAAAGGAGAAUAGGAAACUGCAUAUGGAACUGAAAUCUGAACGAGAGAAGUUAACACAAAUGAUGAUCAAAUAUCAGAAAGAAAUCAAUGAAAUGCAGGCUCAAAUAGCAGAAGAGAGUCAGAUACGAAUUGAACUCCAGAUGACUCUGGACAGCAAAGACAGUGACAUUGAACAGCUUCGUUCACAACUACAGUCAUUACACAUUGGUCUAGACAACAGUAGCAUAGGCAGUGGACCUGGAGAUGCCGAGGCAGAUGAUGGAUUCCCUGAAUCAAGAUUGGAAGGCUGGUUAUCACUGCCUGUUCGAAAUAACACUAAAAAAUUUGGUUGGGUUAAAAAGUAUGUAAUUGUAAGCAGUAAGAAGAUCCUGUUCUAUGACAGCGAACAAGAUAAAGAACAAUCUAAUCCCUAUAUGGUAUUAGACAUAGACAAACUCUUCCAUGUCCGACCGGUCACUCAGACUGAUGUGUACAGAGCAGAUGCCAAGGAAAUUCCAAGGAUAUUCCAGAUUCUAUAUGCUAAUGAAGGAGAGAGCAAAAAGGAACAGGAAUUUCCUGUGGAGCCUAUGGGAGAGAAGUCAAAUUAUAUUUGUCACAAAGGACAUGAGUUUAUACCUACUCUUUAUCACUUUCCAACCAAUUGUGAAGCUUGUAUGAAGCCACUUUGGCAUAUGUUCAAACCUCCUCCUGCUCUAGAAUGUCGCCGUUGCCAUAUCAAAUGUCACAAAGAUCAUAUGGAUAAAAAAGAAGAAAUUAUAGCACCUUGCAAAGUGUACUAUGAUAUUUCUACGGCGAAGAAUCUACUACUGUUAGCUAAUUCUACAGAAGAACAGCAAAAAUGGGUGAGCCGACUGGUGAAAAAAAUACCCAAGAAACCUCCAGCACCAGACCCCUUUGCUCGAUCUUCUCCCAGAACUUCUAUGAAGGUACAGCCAAACCAGUCCAUCAGACGACCAAGUCGACAGCUUCCUCCAAACAAACCAAGCUAACUGCUUUCCAUGAAUGCAGACGCAACUCGAGGUGAUAAUUUUCUUCCUGUUACAGCAAGACUGAAACAUAUCCCAAAAUAUAUUAAAUAUAUAUAUUUUCCUGAGAGAUUGUGCUAUAUAUAUCAGAGGUUUACAUUUUUGCUGCAAUAUAAAUUACUAAUCUCUGAGGGUUUUCCUGUAUUCCCGAGUGACUGAUCAAACGAGGAAUGGCUGGUAAAUAGUCAAAGGAUAUGUUAGGUAACCUUUUAAAUUCUGUUCCACAAAAGCUUUCUCGGCAAGACACAUACACUACAUUUCAUAAAAGGAUUGAGAGGAAUGAAUAUUUAAACUGAAGAAAGUGACUUCUCAGUUUUCGUAAAGAUGUCACCAGCAUGCCUGCAAGAAGAACAGGAGGACGAUCCAUCGUAGUGAUAUAGACUGCAUCUGUAAGAAGUGACCAUUAUACUGUGUAUAUAUAUUGUACUGUAAUACUGCAAGAGGGUUUUAAAAAUCUUUCCACUUUAUUUUUUUAUGCUUAUUAAUCAGAUACCGUUACUUAUUGCAGUUGCAACUAUGCACUUGUAUAAAGCCAUAAUGUUGAAGUUUAUAUCAUUCAUUACAUGUCUAUCAAAAGCUGCAUGUCAAUGUUCAGCAGCUAGUUCAAAGUAUAUGCUAGUUUCAGCUGCGUCAUCAUGGGCAGUCCUGUUUUACCUGUCUAAUUGCCUUAAUUUAAUUUUUUUUGAGUUUUUUUGCCCAUUCUCUGUAUUUAAGGAAAAAAGGUUUACCAGCUCUUAGGAUGCAAUUUUGCUUUGUGGCAGAAAAAAUAGUGCACUAUUUUUACACCUAGUAGGUAUAUCAAUGUCAACUUACUUUGAAUGUAUAUCGACUGAUUUUGAGGGUGGAGAAGUGUUGGUUACAAAAACAAUGUCUGAUAAGAAUGGAAUUACUAGAUCAUGUGCUUAUACAUGUAACUGCUCAUCCAGCCCUUCUUACAAACCUCAAUAUAGUUACUGACUUAUAUUAACCCUCAUUAAGUGCUAUGAAAACUUCAUUUUGCCUUGUUUUUGCAUACUACCCUAGAUGUGUGUUUAUUUCUGGAAAAAAAAGAAAGAGAAUCUGUGAUUAUUUUUUACAUUUCACAAAACGAUAUCCAAGAACUGUCACAACCUUUAAAGUAAACUAAUACAUACUGUAGAUGUAUUUUAAAAUUUUAAAUCUGGUUCUCUAGCACAUAGCUGUAGGCAUAGAUAAAUGUUCCAGUAGUGUGUUUUGAGAACUGAUAGCUGGGAAUAAAGGGCCUCAGAGGCACUUAAUCUGAUUUUUUUUUUUUUUUACAUGGGAGUUGUACAAAAAAUAUAGUUUAUGUGGACUCAAUCAUGAUGUGUUCAUCAUUAUCCCAGAAAAUGCAUGUUUUAUACAACUGCAGUAUGCUAUGUUCAACAUAUUGACAGUAAAAAAUGUAGUCUCCUAUUUGGUCUCUUUAUAUAUAUAAAUAUAUAUAUAUAUUUAAAAUAUAUAUAUAUAUAAACUAUUGUGUGGGAGUGCAGUAAUUUAAAAUAUGAUCUAACACUUCAAUGAAGGAGGACAUUUCACUUUAAAAUUUUGUUUGUUUGUUUUUGUUUUUUUAAAGAGUGUUGAAAUGUUUGGAAGGAUAGGACCAUGAUUUAUUUAACACUAUCAUGAACGGUGGACUUGGAAACACUGAAAUACUGAAAAUGAAUAAAUGUAUUUGCAUUUUGUAACUGCAGUUCAGCUUAACAGAGCCAGAAUGUAUACAGUCUAUUUAUGCACUCGCAAAGGAAAACAUUGUUUGUGAGUUCUUGAAUCCAGACCUAAAUCUUUCGUAUCGUUUCUGUUUAGGUAUUAUAACCCAACGCACAGCUACAGUGUUUUUUCCCUGCUUGUUUGGAUUUACAGAAGUACAGUAUAUUUUUAGGUCAAGCAGAUUUGCGUAGAGUACAACAUUAAAAAUGUAUACAGUAAAACUGUUUCCAUUCACUGAAUGCAUAAAUAUUUUAUAUAUAAAAAAUGUUACAUUGUGGGAAGUUCUAUCCUUUUCUGAAUUGGAGAAUAUUAUAUAUAUAUUUUUAAAUAAACUAUUUGAGUAAGGUAAAAUA